UGGCGGUAUUUCAAAUAAUGUUUUAGUUUCUGUGUUAAAAAAUAUAAUCUCAAUAUAUAGAGAUUUGUCUCAACACACUUUCAUUUUGUGAAAUUCUUUCAACUAGAUUUCUGACUUAUUACUUUUAUUUGCUCAAAGUUUUAUUCAUGGAGCCUGCUGAGGGCAACGAGUCAGAUAAUGCUGAAAAAGAUAAUGACCACGAUAAUGGUUCAACUACAAAAGCUCCAUUAGAGAAUGAAUCUUUAUUUGAACAGAGGGACACUGACGAAAAUUCAGAGCCUAGGAAAAGUCAUGAAGUGUCUUCGGCUAAGACUAGACGAAAGAGUAAAAGAGUUUCUUCAACACCUGCGUACUGGUACACUGACAAUGAUCAACUUCAGUACAUCAAGGAUUGUAGAGCAAGUGGAACGGUACCAUCUAGAUACUUUUUACGUCACUUGAAGGAUGAGAACCUCAGUCUGAAACAUAGUGUUCUGGGACUGAGAAAACUAAAACCUAUACUAGCAAGCAUUUCUAACAACCUUUGCAUAACACAUCUGGAUCUCACAAAUGCUUGUAUAAAUGACGAGUGUGUUAAUGAUUUAUGCCAUAUGUUCAGAGAGAACACAUGUAUAACAGACCUUAACUUGUCUGAAAACCAAAUCACGUCUAAAUCAGCUGAAAUUCUCUGUGAAGUGCUUGCAUCGGCAACACAACUUUUAAGAUUAAAUCUACGAAAAAACUUAUUUAGUGACACUUCAGGAAUAUUCUUCUCUGAAUUGAUUGCAACCUCACUAAAUCUUGUUUAUAUGAAUAUUUCUUAUAACGAUUUGGGUGAAAUGUCAUGUUAUUAUAUUGGACGAGCAUUACCUCAAGCAACAACACUUAUUGAAUUCGAUUUAAGUUGGAACAGACUAAAAGGAAGAAAGUUAGAUUUUAUCGGUAAAGGUCUUGCUGAGAAUAAAAAUCUGAAGUACCUUAAUUUAUCAGCUAAUGGAAUUGGGCCGCGUGUUGGGUGUCGUGAACUAGCCUAUGCUCUAAGAAAUAAUCAAACAUUGAAAACAUUAGAUUUAAGUGAUAACCGAAUAACUGCAGAGGGGUCUGUUUUACUGAGCAAAGGAUUUUAUGUGAAUUCAACACUAACUUGUUUAAAAAUGGCACGUAAUCCAAUGCAAACUGCUGGUUGUUUUGCUAUUUUAACAGGAAUCUUGAGGAAUCCAAACUGUGGCCUAUUAGAACUUGACUUACAGGACAUUGUAGUGAAUCAAGACUUCCUUGAUUUACAAGAUUCAGCGCGUAUAAAACUUCCUAAUUUAUGUGUAAGAUAUGGUCAAACAUCGAAUGAUAAAAUUAGAGCUUUAUCACCACGAUUCAAAAGACCAGAACAAAGUCCAAAAGAAAUUUUAAUCACUAUGGGACGCUGUACAAAGCAAAGUCUUGCAGAUUUAUUACGUCCUCUAGAUACUGUUGGAGAUAAAAUUGUCACUCGUCAGGCAUUUGUCAAAAUUUUAAAUAUGUAUAUGGCGAAACUUGGAAUACAGUUUACUGAGGAGCAAAUGAAGCAAUUAAUGCUAGAACUAGAUCCAAAUAAUCAGCAAGAGAUUGGUUUUGCGUAA